AUUGAAUUACCCUGGCUGUAAUUGCAAAAGCAAAAGCAUAGGAGAGAGAGAGAGAGAAAUGUACAAGUCGAAGCUGCAAGAGCUGUGCCAGCAGAAAUCAUGGAGUUUACCGGAGUACGUGAGUACAAAGGACGGCCCAGACCACAACCCCCGCUUCACCGCCACUGCCACUGUCAUUAUUAAUUCUAAUUCUCCUCCUCAAACCUUUCAUUCUUCUAACCCUUGUAAGUCUUCCAAAGCGGCCCAAAACGACGCCGCUAGAGUCGCUUUCCUCCACUUUACUCAACCUCCACCACCACCACCUCCUUCCAUUACUAUUCGCUCCAAUUCUUCUUUUGCUUCUUUUCCACAGCCUUCACUUCCCUCCUCUUCCUCAUUCUCAGGUUCUACUAAUGGAAGUACUGAUUUGGAUAUUGUAUCUGCCACCAGGCAGGCAAUGCAACCAAAGACGCAAGAAAUAUAUCAAACUCCUCAGGUCAUUGGAACCACCUUACAUGUGAACAAUGAUUUUAGAGAUAUGCAGCAUUUUUACAAGAACCAGCUGCAAAACUUUGCUCAAAAGAGAAAUCUCCUUCUUCCUGUGUACUCUUGUAAAUGUGAAGGCCCUCCUCAUGCUAGUCACUUUAGGUGUAAGGUCACAGUUGAUGGACAGACCUAUGAGAGCCCAGAAUUCUUUACCACAUCAAAGGAUGCUGAACAUGCAGCUGCAAAAAUCGCUUUGACAUCAUUGGUGCCAGAUGGAGCUAAAGAGGAUAAUUCUGGUCUCUACAAAAACCUUCUACAAGAGUUGGUUCAAAAAGAAGGGUUUUCUCUACCAGUUUAUAAUACAAAUAGAUUUGGUGAAGUUCAUGUACCAAUUUUUGUUUCGACUGUGGAGAUAGAAGGGGAGGUUUUUAAAGGACAUGAAGAAAGGACCAAAAAGAAGGCGGAGAUGAAUGCAGCAAAGAUUGCUUACACUACUCUGAAAGAGCGUAAGUCAGGUCAGGGCCCCUUGAUUGUAUCUCCUGCGCACAAAGGAAAAGAAACUCCUGAGAUCUCAUCUUCUAGCUUGCAACGAAAUGUCACUGCUGAUCUGCAACAGCUUGUUGGAGCUACCAUGAAUUUGAACCUAUGUACCAUUGCUGAAAGGCAAGCUGGGAAGGACAGAGUGAGUACCGAAGUCAGCCUUAAUCAGCCCUCCAUUCUAUCUUCAGGACCUGAUACCAUUAUAACAUGUAACAGAGGUUCUUCAGUGGACGCUUCAUAUGGCUAUGCCCCAGAUACAUUCGUCUCUACCCCUUGCAAGUCUGAAAAUGGCCCAUCUUCACAUUCUUCAACUAAUUUGGUUAUGGACUCAAGUCUUGUGCCGCCAGCUGAAACAAUUAUCUCAUCCUGUAAAAGGAUAUUUGUUCACCCGCACCUGCCAAACAUGACAGUUCCUAAGGGCUACACUAUAUUGCCCAAGAGUGAUGAUAAAUGGGUUGCAUUCUCCCCUAAUUGAGACAGCAGGCUGACCAGUUUCGUUUAGUGAUAUUUAUGAGCUCACAAUUGUACAUGCGACAAUUAUAAACAUUUGAUUUGACCAUCCUACAUUGAUAUUUUCAACUUGCCAUUAAAGAUGGCAUUAGCAACUGGAAUAAUCCUCUACAUGCAUUGCUGUCUUUAGUGAGAAUGCAGUAACUGCUAAUUGUUGGAUUGAUACUCCCUUGGAGACACGGUAAUAUUGAGCAAUCAAUUUGAAAUGGCA